CGCCGCUCCCCUCCGGCCGCUGCCCCCGUGGCUGUUUUUCUGGGUUCUGGCUUCUGGGCUUUGGCUGCCUCGGGGAGCUACCAUGGUGUCUCUCGCCGGCUGGGGGUGCCCGGGAAGGGCGCGGCUCGCGCUUUGCCUAGCGGGGCUAGCGCUCUCCGCCUACGCACUGCACGUGAAGGCUGAGCGCGCCCGGAGCCCGGAGUACCGCGCCUAUUGCGACGUGGGCGAGUCCAUCAGCUGCUCCCGCGUGUUUUCCUCCCCAUGGAGUAAGGGCUUUGGGCUGGUGGAACCCCUCCUGGGUCCUGACAGCAUCCUGAACCAGUCCAACAGCAUCUUCGGGCUUAUCUUCUAUAGCCAGCAGCUCCUUCUGGGCUGCUGCAGUGCUCCGUGGGCUUCCUCAGUCCUGAUGGUCAGCUCCGUGCUUUCUCUUUUGGGUUCAGUUUACCUAGCCUGGAUCUUGCUUUUUGUGCUGUAUGACUUCUGCCUGGUUUGUGUCACCACCUAUGCCAUCAAUUUGGGCCUGGCCAUACUCAACUACCGGAAGGCAGUGGGGCCCUUGGGACUACAGGACCAAAAUAAAAAGAGACACUGACUUCACUGACCCUGGGCGGGGAUCCACAAGCCCUAAUUGAACUCUGAUCUCACUCAGGAGCCCACACCAUCAGCUACUAGAGUUUGAGUGAAGACUAAAGGAUAAUGGCAGGACCCCUGCUCACAAUUUUGACUGUGUUCCAUUAAUUUUCUGUCCCUUGACCUCUUCCCUUUAAAUAUCUACCGUAUCUCCUCUUGCCUCCCACAUACAAAGACCUCUGUUCCCCCUUUCUCCCCCAAAUGGAAGAGUUGCUUCCAGGUUGCCUAGGCAGGCCCCUACUCUUCAGUAUUAGUUGUCUCUGGAGUCACCUGCUGAUUCCACCUUUUUCCCCUAGACUACCACCUCUAGGAGAAGCUGGGAUAAAAAUUGCUUAUCUCUUAUGGGCGGGGGCAACCUAAUCAAUGCUAUUCAAUAAAGAAAAUGAGAAAGGC